AUGGACGAACCAUCCAUCUCGGCGCUCAAAGCAGCCUUCAUCCGCUCCCAAGUCCGCCAACUCGAAACACCGCUAGAGCCAUCGACGCAAUGGCGCGAUUUGCUGCCCGAGACCGAGGAGGGCCAUCUUAGCGACAAGCUGAUCCAGGACCUCGUUUCCAAAGUCAAUGACAAAAUCAAACAGCACAACCGCCUCAUCUUCUCCACACAGUCGCAGCGCCACGUCGCCGAGCAGAUCGAGUCGCUGCACUGGGCGCGCGCGUCGGCAGACUCCUCGUCGUCGGUGCGCGCCGUAGAGCUCGACACGGUCGCGGUCCGCCGGGACGCAGACCUGACGGACCCAGACUUCAUCGCGUCCCUGCCGCAUGAGUAUGACGCCCUCCAUGUACACCCGGACCACGCAGCCCGACGAGCAGGAGAAGAGGAACAGGAGCAGGGAGAAAGGGACGCGGAAGAAGACCAACACCGAUACACCCGUAUGCGCGAAGAGUUGCUCUCCCUCAGCCGGCAGAGAGACGCGUUGAAGGCCAAACUCGCCCAGUACCGGCACCUACAGAAACUGACGGAACCGCUGCGCGAGCCGCACGAGAACAUUCAGCCCAAUCUGGUCACCAGGGACGGCGAGCUGAGCCAGCAACUAGACCGCACGAGGGUGCUGCUGGCGCGGGUCACGGCGCGGGUGGGUGAGAUGGGGAAGGCAAAAAGGUCGCGUCAAGAGGACCCGUCAACAGCGCCGCAGACGGAUCAACAGAAACUCGCAUGGGUGAUGGGACGAAGCGAGCUGGGAUGA